AUGUGGGCUCGAGACAGCAUCCAGCCGGCGAUGAUCGUCUUCUUAGCCGUCAAUACGCUAUGCGUAGGCUUAAGAGUGUACGUGCGGACCAUGCUUAGCAAGUCGUUCGGAUACGACGACUAUGCCAUGGUCUUGGCUCAUGCUGGAUUUAUCAUCCUCUGCACCUGCACCUUUAUAUCAGUCAAGGCUGGAUAUGGUGAUGAUGCACCCAACCCAGACUAUGAUGUCGUGACCGCCGUCAAGUUCUUCGUUAUUUCGACCAUCGAAUACGUAAUCCUCGUGUUCGUUGCCAAAGUCAGCGUGGCGCUCGUUCUUUAUCGUCUCGCUAGCAGUAACAAUGUGAUUCGAAGAAUAUUGGAAGCGUCGGUCGGUAUCAUGGCGAUAUGGACAACGGUAACGAGCGUAAUGGUUGGACUUCAGUGCCGGCCUUUGUCCCUUGCUUGGGGAGUCGGUGAAGGAACUUGUAUGUCGGCCAAGACGUUGGGAAAUGUCGGAUAUGCCAUUUCGUCAAUGGACAUCGCGUCGAGCUUUCUUUACGCCAUCAUUCCAGUCUUCCUACUCAAAGGCGUUCAACUAAGCCCAAAGAUGAAGGCAUCGGUAAUCUUCCUUCUCGGAAUGGGAGUAGUGAGCUCCAUUGCAACCGUCCUGCGGCUGAAAUAUCUGAUCGAUGUCGCCAACAUGAAGUCUCCCACUGGUGCCGAAGCUGCCAACGCUUACCUAGUGACAUUUGUUUUUUCGAUCACUGAGCUGGGACUUACCAUCUUCACUGCCUCCCUUGCCGCGUUGCGACCUCUGCUGAAGUUCAUUCCGUGGGGUUCGAUCGGGUCGCAGGGUCGUUCUUAUAAAAAGAGCGCCAAUUCACGGAUUGAAAUGGGCCCGAACAUCAAGCUUAGUGAUAUUCAGGACACACACCAAAACACAAGCGAGGAGCACAUCGUUCAAAAGGGCCCAAAGCACAGUGUUACCGAUGUCGAGGUGUAA